AUGGCGGCCGCGGAGAGCGAGAGUACCGCUAGCGACGGCGAGGCCUGGCAGGCCUGGCUCCCCGACCACGUCGUGUUCUCGCGGCUGCGGGAGGGCCUGAGAAGCCGGAGCCCCGCCGAGGCCGACAAUCCCGUUUCUUCCCCGCCGCCUUCGCCGUCCCCACCGACGCCGUCCCCGUUGCUGACCAAGAAUCUGGUCUUGGGCCUGGGCGGGGAGCUGUUGCUAUGGGACGAAGCGGGCGGCGCCUUCCUCGUCGUCCGCCUUCGGAGCCCGGGCGGCGGCUGUGACGAGCCUUCCCUCGCCCAGUACCAGAAAUUGCUUUGCAUAAAUCCGCCUCUGUUUGAAAUCUAUCAAGUCUUGUUAAGUCCAACACAACAUCAUGUAGUACUUAUAGGAAUAAAAGGACUUAUGGUAUUGGAAUUACCUAAAAGAUGGGGGAAGAAUUCUGAAUUUGAAGGUGGAAAAUCAACAGUAAAUUGUAGUACGACUCCAAUUGCUGAGAGAUUUUUCACCAGUUCUACCUCUCUGACUCUGAAGCAUGCUGCCUGGUAUCCAAGUGAAGUGCUGGAUUCCCACAUAGUGCUAUUAACAUCAGACAAUGUAAUAAGAAUUUACUCUUUGCGUGAGCCCCAGACACCUGUGAAAGUCAUUGCACUUUCAGAAGCAGAAGAGGAAAGUCUAAUACUCAAUAAACGGAGGGCAUAUACUGCAUCUAUGGGAGAAACAGCAGUUGCAUUUGACUUUGGGCCAUUAGCAACCGUCUCAAAGAAUAUGUUUGGACAAAAAGGCAAAGAAGAAAUAGUGGCAUACCCAUUAUAUAUCUUAUAUGAGAAUGGGGAGACUUUUCUUACAUAUGUUAGUCUGUUACACAGCUGUGGAAAUAUUGGAAAGUUGUUAGGACCAUUGCCCAUGCAUCCUGCAGCUGACGAUAACUAUGGUUAUGAUGCUUGUGCUAUACUCUGCUUACCUUGUGUCCCCAACAUCUUAGUGAUUGCUACUCAAUCAGGAAUCCUGUAUCACUGUGUUGUAUUGGAAGGGGAAGAAGAAGAUGACCAAACAUCAGAAAAGUCUUGGGAUUCCAAGGUUGACGUCAUUCCUUCUUUGUAUGUAUUUGAAUGUGUUGAGUUGGAGCUUGCCUUGAAGUUAACAUCUGAGGAAGAUGAUUCCUUUGAUUCUGACUUUUCUUGUCCAAUUAAACUUCAUGGGGAUCCUAAGUGUCCUUCAAGAUAUCACUGUAUUCAUGAAGCUGGUGUACAUAGUGUUGGGCUAACUUGGAUUCAUAAACUUCACAAAUUUCUUGGAUCAGAUGAAGAAGACAAGGAUAGUUUACAGGAACUUGCUACAGAACAGAAAUGCUUUGUGGAGCACAUCCUUUGUACAAAACCAUUGCCAUGCAGGAAAUCAGCUCCUAUACGAGGAUUCUGGAUUAUCCCUGACAUUCUGGGACCAACCAUGAUCUGCAUCACUAGUACCUAUGAAUGCCUCAUAAGACCUUUGUUAAGCACUGUUCAUCCAGUAUCUCCUCCCUUGCUUUGUACACGAGAAGAUAGAGAAGUGGCACAGUCUCCCCUCCGUAUUCUGACUGAAACACCAGAUUCCUUUGAAAAGCAUAUCAGAAGUAUUUUGGAACGUAGUGCUGCAAAUCCAGCAUUUUUGAAAUCAUCUGAAAAAGAUCUGGCUCCUCCUCCUGAAGAAUGUCUUCAGCUCAUCAGCAGAGCCACCCAAGUGUUCAGAGAACAGUACAUUCUUAAACAGAAUCUGGCAAAAGAAGAAAUUCAGCGGAGGGUUGAAUUAUUACAGCAACAAAAAGAAACACAAUCAGAAGAUCUCAAUAAGUGUGAAAAGGAGAGAGCAGAACUACAGAAAACGGCUAAGGACUUAGCUGAAAAAUAUGAGGAAGCCAAGGAAAAACAAGAAGAUAUCAUGAACAGGAUGAGGAAAGUACUUCACAGCUUUCACUCUCAGCUUCCAGUUCUCUCUGAUAGUGAGAGGGACAUGAAGAAAGAAUUACAGCUGAUACCUGAUCAACUUCGACAUUUGGGGAAUGCCAUCAAACAGGUUACAAUGAAAAAGGACUACCAACAACGAAAGAUGGAGAAGGUACUGACUCCUCAAAAACCCACCAUCACUCUCAGUGCCUACCAGAGAAAGUGUAUUCAAUCCAUCCUGAAAGAGGAGGGUGAACAUAUAAGAGAAAUGGUGAAACAAAUCAAUGACAUCCGAAAUCAUGUAAACUUCUGACACCAUGAGGAAUUAUUUACAUCGUUGAAAUUAACAAAUGAAAGCUUAAAUUCAUAUUGUAAACAUAUAGUAUUAUCUAAUUUAUAAAGAGGAAUUUUGGAUGAA